GGCGCCCCCGGCGGCGGGUCGGCGGCUGGUCGGCGGUGCGGGGUCCUCUGGGGAAGGCGAGGCCGCGCGGCCCCGGCCCUGCCCCCGCCGACACCAUGAACCGCAGCUUCACCAAGUCCCAGACCCUGCGCUUCUUCGACUGCAACGCGGUGGAAGUGAAGAGUAAGUUCGGGGCGGAAUUCCGGAGGUUCUCCCUGGACCGCUACAAACCCGGGAAGUUUGCGGACUUCUACCAGCUGGUUCUGCACACCCACCGCAUCUCCAGCACGGACGUGCUCAUCGGCUACGCGGACGUGCACGGAGACCUGCUGCCCAUCAACAACGACGAUAACUUCUUCAAGGCCGUGUCCAGCGCCAACCCGCUGCUCCGCGUCUUCAUCCAGCGGCAAGAAGAAGUGGACCACUGCAGCUUCGGGACCAGCACGCUGACCCGCAGGAAGAAGGCGCUGGUGACCCUGCGCAGCGAGCCGCCCCGCCGCCGGCCGCACCUGGACAUCGGCCUGCCCCACGACUUCCGGCCGGUGUCCUCCAUCAUCGACGUGGACAUCCUGCCCGAGACCCACCGGCGCGUCCGGCUCUACCGGCACGGCUGCCAGAAGCCGCUGGGCUUCUACAUCCGCGACGGGGCCAGCGUGCGGGUGUCGCCCCACGGGCUGGAGAAGGUCCCGGGCAUCUUCAUCUCGCGCAUGGUGCCCGGCGGGCUGGCCGAGAGCACGGGCCUGCUGGCCGUCAACGACGAGGUCCUGGAGGUCAACGGCAUCGAGGUGGCCGGCAAGACGCUGGACCAGGUCACGGACAUGAUGAUCGCCAACAGCCACAACCUCAUCGUCACGGUCAAGCCGGCCAACCAGCGCAACAACGUGGUCCGCGGCAGCCGGACGUCCGGCAGCUCGGGACAGUCGACGGACAGCGCCGCCAGCCAGCACAGCCUGCCCCCGCCCGCCCACGUCCUGCAGAACUUCCUCCCCGACGACGUGGAGAGCGACGAGGAGGCCGACCUGGUCAUCGAGGGGGUGCUGGGCCCCCCGCCGGGCCCCGCGGCCCCCGGCCCGCCGCGCCCGGGCGGCCCCCGCCCGCCGCCCGCCUUCCCCGGCCCGGAGAGCAACGUCAGCCUCUACCGGCUCCUCAGCUCGCUCAAGUCCGACCCCCGCCACAGCCUGGCCACCCCGCAGGGUGGGGUGGAGGAGGACGGCACGGUCAUCACGCUGUAGCCCGCCGGCCCGCCCGGACGGGCGGGGGCCCGGGACCCUUCGGGAGCCGGGAGGGGGGAGGGGACGGACGCCCCCGCCGCCGGGGCCCCGGGCCGAGGCCCGUUGGGCCACGGGCUCGGGAACGCCGCGGGGACCUCCCGCCGCCCCCCGCCCCGUUCCUUUCCGUCGGGGGUCCGUCCCCGUCGGCGCGGCCUCCCCCGGGCUGCCGGGACGGCGCCGUCCUCUCCCCGGGGGCGGCACCGUCCCGCCCCGCCCUCCGCCCUCCCCGUCCGGGAUGGCCCGUGGACGUCUUCCCCUCCCCGGGGGUCAGCGGCCGCUGCUUCCCCGUGGGUUCUCGGCGACUCCGCCGACGGGACGAAACCUAGCCUUCGUUUUUUCCUUCUCGAAAUAUUUAUUAGUUCGGUCCCCGCUUCCCCAAGCGGCCCGUUUUUACAAGUCGGGGUCCUCUUCGUUUGAUCCCGGGGAAGGGUCUCGGCUCCGGACUCCCGGACGCCACGGGGCGGCCCUUGCGACGUCCGGGGAGGAGACCGGGCGCGGAGGCCGAAGAAACGGCCCCGUGCAAGGACGGGGCUUCGGAGGGGAGCGGAGCUCCGACGUCGGGACUGUCGGGACUGUCGCCCGCGGUCACGACAGCUCUCUCCAAGGGCGCCGGUCGGCGGAAACGGGCCGGUCACCCCGGAGGCGACCCUCCCGCUCCCCGCGGUGGCUCCGGAAGGCCUCUCGACGGUCCGAGACGGCCAGGUCCCCCGACGCGACGUCUUCGGUUUUAAGAACGCGGCAGAGAUGGCUUCAAGAUGUAUUUUUCUACCUGCGCCUAUCCACGUCGUUUCUCUCUUUUUUAAAAAAACAAAAAAACAACCCACAACUUUGUAGUACUGUUUAUUAAAGGUUUUCUGUUUUUUGUAAAUGGA